AUGUUCUCGAUCUUCUAUUCCAUGAUGUCUAUCCCGUUGUCUCUGUUGUUUCUAGCUUCAUAUUCCCUGAUAUUCUGCAAGGGGGAGUCGCAUCGCGAGAAGAAGACCAAGGUCAAAAACGAAAAAGACGCCGGCGACGCCGAGGAGGACAAGAAGGGAGGAGAAGACUUGGCCCAAAAAUGGGGCCUAAACGACCAGCCGCCAGAUGAGGAGAUCAAGACCGAUCUCGACGACAUCAGAGAGGACAACCCGCUCGCCAGGAUGAAGCCCAACAAGCACGGCAAGCCCGACGACUCGAAGGGGGGAAAAGCCGACGAGAAGAAGGACGAAAAGAAGACGGCCAGCAAACACACGAAGAAAUCGGCCGGCCUGAACAACCCGGAAAGGAUCCCGAUGGCCACCGAAAAGCAUCGCGACAACUCCAAAUAUCUCGCA